AUGGCAGAGGAUAGGAAUGGGGAUCGAAGUGAAGAGAGUGAUUACACAUCAGAAGAUGAGGGAACAGAGGAUUAUAGGAGAGGAGGGUACCAUGCUGUGAGAAUUGGUGAUACAUUCAAGAAUGGAAGGUAUGUGGUGCAAAGCAAGCUUGGUUGGGGUCAUUUCUCUACUGUUUGGCUCGCUUGGGACUCCCAAAGAUCGCGUUAUGUAGCUUUGAAAGUUCAAAAAAGCGCUCAACACUACACUGAGGCAGCCCUGGAUGAGAUAAAGAUCCUCAAACAGAUUGCCGAGGAAGACCCUGAUGAUAAAAAGUGUGUUGUCAAGCUUUUGGAUCAUUUUAAGCAUUCAGGGCCUAAUGGACAGCACGUUUGUAUGGUUUUUGAGUACUUGGGAGAUAACCUUUUGACCCUUAUUAAGUAUAGUGAUUACCGAGGGGUUCCUUUACACAUGGUCAAAGAGAUAUGCUUUCAUAUAUUAGUGGGUUUGGAUUACUUGCAUCGCCGACUUUCAAUUAUCCACACUGAUUUGAAGCCAGAGAACGUUCUGCUUCUGUCAAUGAUUGAUCCAUCAAAAGAUCCUAGGAAAUCGGGUGCUUCUCUUAUCCUUCCAACCAGCAAGAACAAAAUUGUGGCUGAAUCUAGUUCUUCAAAAGAAAUUAAGAGUUCAAAUGGGGAUUUGACAAGGAAUCAGAAAAAGAAAAUUCGAAAGAAGGCUAAGAAGGCAGCUCAGAGUUGUGCACAGAAAGAAGCUUCUUCGGAAAAUGAUGCUAAUCCUGAAGAUUCCAAUGUUGAUGCGAAAUCAAAUGAAGAUCCUGUCGAGGAACAAUCAAAUGGUUCUGUGAUUAAAGAUGAUUCAGCAAACAGUGAUGGACCGAAGGAUGCUUGCCAAGCAAAACGAGGUAGAAGGGGGAGCCGCUCCACAAGGCAAAAGCUAUUGGCAGCUGCUGAUCUCAACUGCAAAUUGGUUGAUUUUGGAAAUGCUUGUUGGACAUACAAACAGUUUACGAGUGAUAUUCAGACAAGACAGUAUAGGUGUCCGGAAGUUCUUCUUGGAUCAAAAUACUCAACACCAGCAGAUUUAUGGUCCUUCGCUUGCAUUUGUUUUGAGCUUGCGACUGGCGAUGUCCUUUUUGAUCCUCACAGUGGUGACAACUAUGACAGAGAUGAGGUUAUACUUACAGGAUCACUUGGCAUUGAUGAUGGAACUUCUUGGCACGAUGCCGCGCAAGGUGGUCGCUAUUCUCGGGAUUUCUUCAAUAGAUAUGGAGAUUUGAGGCAUAUUCGUAGGUUGCGUUUUUGGCCUCCUACUAAAGUGCUUAUGGAGAAGUAUGAUUUCAGUGAGCAAGAUGCUAAUGACAUGACUGACUUCCUUGUUCCCCUACUUGAUUUUGUACCUGAAAAGAGACCGACAGCAGCUCAAUGCCUAAGUCAUCCAUGGAUCACUGGUGGUCCUCGUCUGCUUGAGCCCUCCAUGCCGAGUGUUAAGCUAGAGGUGAAAGAUGGGAAUAUAUCUGAACUCAAGGAGGAGAAGGAUGGGAGGGAGGCUAUGGAAGCUGGAGUAGGAAAGAUAGUUAUUGAUGGAGUUUCAAAAAAAUCCAAAGAACUGCAACCUAUGGAAAACCCUUUGAAAGAGACAUGA